GCCUGCCGCCGUACGGCGCCAUGGGAGAGCAAACCUCGGCAACCACUGGUCGAAUCGACGCACCCGAUGGCUUCAACGAUAGCUGGGACUCGUGCGAGCACGGCGAACGUUGUUGCGUGUCAAUUAACGACCUGUGCGCUGAGACCAAAGGGCGAUCUCGUAUACUAGCUUUUUACGACACCGCCCUACGGCGCCACCUUGCCCCCGUGGGAGAGCAUAUCUCCGCAACCACCGGUCGGAUGGACGUUCCCGAUGGCCUCAACAAUAGCGGGGAAUCGUUCCAGCACAGCGGACGUUGUCGCGUGUCAUUUAACGACCUGUGCGCUGAGAUCCGGGCGG